GUGCUGGAACUCUGUGUGAUUGCUGUGGAUGAUUUUGCUGUUGUUUUGCUUUGAGAGAAAACUCACCAUUGAUCAAUUUUUGCAACUGCAAGAGCGGAUACGUAACUUCGAGGGCAUGCUUGGCGGCGGCAGCGGGGAGCGUUUAUGCACGCCAAGCACUUCGGCCGGUCCGUUUCGCAUAUUCUCCGUGGCCGGUUUUCAGAAUCGUACCAAUGACAUUGUCUAUUGUCCGCCAAUUGUGCGGCAACAGUCGCAACAUGUCGAGGAUUCGACAGCCAUUAUAUAUUUUGGUGGCGAUGUCCAAGACUUUCCGGAGAGCAUGGAAACGAAUCGUGAUAGUCGCGGCUAUAUGAAAUAUAAUUUAGAAAAUUCAGCCAUAUUGCUGCGUGAGGCGUUUCCACGUUCCCACAUAAUUGUCAUAAGGCCUGUAAGAAUGGAAUUCAAGACAUUUAGCUGCUUUGAUAAUUUUGUACGGGGCAAUAAUGCGGGUGUGCCAGAUCAUACGCCAAUGAAUCAUGCCCUGCAACAUUUGGAAAAAUUACUUCAGAAUUUGUCGCAACGUUUGAUCUCAAUACCAGAGAAUGAGAUAUUGGAUCAGGCAGCUCAGGCGGCAGCUGCAGCGGCUGCUGUGGCUGCUGCUGCUGCCGCUGCUGCUCUAACGCUUUCCAAUGCCACCUCAGUUAACACAGACUCGACGUCGGCCAGCUUAACGGCAGCGUCAUCGCAAGCGGCCAAUGAUAAUAGCCAGGAAAUGGAUAUUGAUAUCCUGCAGGUACAGGAAAAUGUUACAGUAGAUGCAGACGGUGCUGUCAUAUUUCCAAUUGUAUCGGCCGAUGCAACAACAACAACAACAGCAGUAGCAGCAGCAGCAGCAACAACAACAGCAGUUGCAGUGGAAUCAAUAGCAAAUAAUGUUAAUGCCAGCUCAGGCAAUGGAAAUGAUGUGAAUGUAACCACCAAUAACCACCAGGAGGCCAACAACCAACAGCAGCAACCAACGGCAAUCAAAGCAACGCCAAAUCCAACACCGACACCAACAACAGCAACAGUCACCAAUAAUGUGGAGCAUCAUUACAAUAAUGGCAGCAGCAACAGGAUCAACAAUGAAUGUGCUUCUGCUGUUCCUGUUCUGUCCACAUUGCCAGCAGCUGCAGCAACCACAGCAGCAGCCGCCGCCGUCGCCGCACAAACUCCUCGACAAGCCACAUCCGAUAGCAAUCCAUUGUGGUGGCGAGAGAACUUGAAUUUGGAUAAAUCAAAGCUGGUGCUUAUUGGAUUUAGCAAAGGCUGCGUCGUGCUCAAUCAAUUUAUUUACGAGUUUCAUUAUCUAAAAACUCUGACGCCCGAUGAUAGUAGCAUGUGUCGACUGCUCUCACGCAUAACAGAUAUGUAUUGGCUGGAUGGCGGACAUGGGGGACAGAAGAAUACAUGGAUCACAUCGCGAAGUCUGCUGGAGACACUAACUCGCAUGGGUAUGAAUAUACAUGUGCAUCUAACGCCGUAUCAAGUGCAAGAUGAUCGAAGACCGUGGAUACGUAAGGAGGAGAAACUUUUUACUGAAAUGUUGCGACGUUUGAAUGCGCCGAUUACACGGCAUUUACACUAUGACAAUCAGCCGGCAAAUCUGAUGACACAUUUUGAAGUAUUACAGGCAUUUUGUCAGCAUGUGCUUAAUCAACAGCAACUCCAGCAACAUCAACAACAGCAGCAACAGCAGCAACAACAACAACAACAACAGCAAACACAACAGACAGUCGGAAUAAAUGAGCAGAAUGCAACAGCGGCAGCCGCUUCAAUUGUUGCUAUUAACAAUGGUAGCAAUAAUUUACUCGAUACCAGCGAGGAGGCAAAGUGA